GCGCCUGCCACCGCGGCUACACCGGGCCUGACUGCAGCCAGCCCGCCUGCCCCAGCGACUGCGGGGGGCAUGGGGAGUGCCGGAACGGGGAGUGCCACUGCCAGGAUGGCUACGCCGGCGAGGACUGCACCCUAGAGAUCCCGGCUGUGACGCUGCGCGUGGGGCGCCGGGACGAGGGCUCCUUCCGCCUGCAAUGGACUCGCCCCAAGAUCCACGUGGAUGGAUAUGAAAUUCACCUCGUUCCCACGGGUGACCCCGAGGGGGCCGUGUCCCUGCAGCUGCCCGGCUCGGCCACGUCCUUCGAGCGCUCAGGGCUGGGCCCUGGCCAGGAGUUCAGCGUCACCGUCCGGGCCCAGCGAGCCCAGCGCCUCGGGCCCCCCGCCACCCAGAGCGUCCGCACCCGUAGGGAUCGACGCUCCCCGUGACCUGCGCCCCACGGGGGCCACGGCCACCUCGCUGAGCCUGCGCUGGGAGCCCCCGGCCGCCCAGCCCGACGGAUACACCCUGCACUACCGCCCGGUGGGGCGGGACAGCCCCGAGCCCCCCACCCGCCUGACCCUGCCCCCCAACCGCACCACCCUCACCCUGACCGGCCUCCGUAGCACCACCCAGUACACCCUCACCCUGACCGCCCACCGCGGCCCAGAGCAGAGCUCUCCCGCCAGCACCAGCGCCACCACCGCUCCAGAGGCAUCUGGCACCGAGCCCCCCCCCACGCCCAGCCUCUCCCGCUCUGGGCCGCCCCCAGGGGACCUGGCCGUGACAGACGUCUCCCCCGACCGGUUCCGCGUCACCUGGACGGCCAUGACCGGCACCUUCCAGCACUUCCUGCUUCAGUACCGGGAGCCCGGCUCCCGGGCGCCUCCCGGGCACACCCAGGUGCCUGGGGGGAAGAGGAGCGUGAUCGUCACCCAGCUGAGCCCCGGCACCGAAUACGAGGUGGAGCUGCAGGGGGUGGCACCUGACGGGACCAUCUCAGAGCCCAUCACCACCAGCGUGUGGACAGCACCCCUUGGCGGGGGCCCCGGGCCAGGCGACCUGGGGGCCCUGGGGGUCAGGAACGUGACCAGCGAUGGCUUUGGGCUGCAGUGGAGGGCGCGGCAGGGCCUGUUCCAGUCCUUCCUGCUGCGCUACGAGGAUGCGGCCGGGCGCACGGGGCCCCGGGAGGCCGAGGUGCCGGCGGACCAGCGGGCGACCCGCCUUGGGGGGCUGCGGCCUGGCACCCAGUACAACGUCACGCUGUACGGGGUGCACCGCGGCCAGCUCUCACCCCCCCUCAGAGCCAGCGUCCGGACAGCGCCAGCAGAACCCGGCACCCAGCCCAGCCUGGGGGAGCUCUCGGCCUCCGACGUCACCCACGACUCCGCCCUGCUCUCCUGGACCGUCCAGGCUGGGGACUUCGACUCCUUCCUCCUCCAGUACAAGGACGCGGAGGGCAAACCCCAGGCGCUGCCCGUGGACGGGGGAUCCCGCACGGUCACCGUCACCAACCUGGCCCCCUCCCGCAGAUACAAGUUCAACCUCUACGGCAUCUCCGGCCGCAAGCGCCUCGGCCCCGUCUCCACCGACGCCGUCACAGCCAAGGAGCCGCGGGAGCCGGAACUCACCACCCAGCCCAGCCUGGGGGAACUCUCAGCCUCUGACGUCACCCACGACUCCGUCCUGCUCUCCUGGACCGUCCAGGCCGGAGACUUCGACUCCUUCCUCCUCCAGUACAAGGACACGGAGGGCAAACCCCAGGCGCUGCCCGUGGAUGGGGGAUCCCGUACGGUCACUGUAACGAACCUGGCACCUUCCCACAGAUACAAGUUCAACCUCUACGGCAUCUCCGGCCGCAAGCGCCUCAGCCCCGUCUCCACCGACACCAUCACAGCCAAGGAGCCGCGGGAGCUGGAACUCACCUUCCAGCCCAGCCUGGGGGAGCUCUCGGCCUCCGACGUCACCCACGACUCCGUCCUGCUCUCCUGGACCGUCCAGGCCGGGGACUUCGACUCCUUCCUCCUGCAGUACAAGGACGCGGAGGGCAAACCCCAGGCGCUGCCCGUGGAUGGGGGAUCCCGUACGGUCACUGUAACGAACCUGGCCCCCUCCCGCAGAUACAAGUUCAACCUCUACGGCAUCUCCGGCCGCAAGCGCCUCGGCCCCAUCUCCACCGACGCCGUCACAGCUGCAGGGCCGCCGAAGGAGGUACCCACCACCCAGCCCAGCCUGGGGGAGCUCUCGGCCUCCGACGUCACCCACGACUCCAUCCUGCUCUCCUGGACCGUCCAGGCCGGGGACUUCGACUCCUUCCUCCUCCAGUACAAGGACGCGGAGGGCAAACCCCAGGUGCUGCCCAUGGACGGGGGAUCCCGCACGUUCACCGUCACCAACCUGGCCCCCUCCCGCAGAUACAAGUUCAACCUCUACGGCGUCUCCGGCCGCAAGCACCUUGGCCCCGUCUCCACCGACGCCGUUACAGCCGCAGUGCGGCAGGAGGAAGAACCCACCGCCGAGCCCAGCCUGGGGGAGCUCUCGGCCUCCGACGUCACCCACGACUCCAUCCUGCUCUCCUGGACCGUCCAGGCCGGGGACUUCGACUCCUUCCUCCUCCAGUACAAGGAUGCGGAGGGCAAACCCCAGGCGCUGCCCAUGGAUGGGGGAUCCCGCACGGUCACCGUCACCAACCUGGCCCCCUCCCACAGAUACAACUUCAAAUUCUAUGGUGUCUCCGGCCGCAAGCGCCUUGGGCCUAUCUCCACUAACGCUGUCACAGCCGCGGCACCGACGGAGGCGGUACCCACGGCCCAGCCCAGCCUGGGGGAGCUCUCAGCCUCUGACGUCACCCACGACUCCACCCUGCUCUCCUGGACCGUCCAGGACGGGGACUUCGACUCCUUCCUCCUCCAGUACAAGGACGCGCAGGGCAAACCCCAGGCGCUGCCCGUGGACGGGGGAUCCCGCACGGUCACCGUAACCAGCCUGGCCCCCUCCCGCAGAUACAAGUUCAACCUCUACGGCAUCUCCGGCCGCAAGCGCCUCGGCCCCGUCUCCACCGACACCGUCACAGCGCCAUGGAAGGACGAAUCCGCCCCCCAGCCCAGCCUGGGGGAGCUCUCAGCCUCCAACAUCACCCAUGACUCCAUCCUGCUCUCCUGGACCGUCCAGGCCGGGGACUUCGACUCCUUCCUCCUCCAGUACAAGGAUGCGGAGGGCAACCCCCAGGUGCUGCCCGUGGACGGGGGAUCCCGCACGGUCACCAUCACCAACCUGGCCCCCUCCCGCAGAUACAAGUUCAACCUCUACGGCAUCUCUGGCCGCAAGCGCCUUGGCCCCGUCUCCACCGACACCGUCACAGCACCGCAGAAGGAGGUACCCACGGCCCAGCCCAGCCUGGGGGAGCUCUCGGCCUCCGACGUCACCCACGACUCCAUCCUGCUCUCCUGGACCGUCCAGGCCGGGGACUUCGACUCCUUCCUCCUCCAGUACAAGGACGCGGAGGGCAAACCCCAGGCGCUGCCCGUGGACGGGGGAUCCCGCACGGUCACCGUCACCAACCUGGCCCCCUCCCGCAGAUACAAGUUCAACCUCUACGGCAUCUCCGGCCGCAAGCGCCUCGGCCCCGUCUCCACCGACGCCGUCACAGCCGCGGUGACGGACGGGGAGCAGGAACUCACCUUCCAGCCCAGCCUGGGGGAGCUCUCGGCCUCUGACGUCACCCACGACUCCGUCCUGCUCUCCUGGACCGUCCAGGCUGGGGACUUCGACUCCUUCCUCCUCCAGUACAAGGACGCAGAGGGCAAACCCCAGGCACUGCCCAUGGACGGGGGAUCCCGCAUGGUCACCGUCACCAACCUGGCACCUUCCCACAGAUACAAGUUCAACCUCUACGGCAUCUCUGGCCGCAAGCGCCUCGGCCCCGUCUCCACCGACGCCGUCACAGCCGUGGCACCGCGGGACCAGGCAGCUGGGACGCAGCUCCGCCUGGGGGAGCUGUCAGCGGCCAACGCAGCCCACGACUCCAUCGACCUCUCCUGGACUGUGGAGGAGGGGACAUUCGACUCCUUCAUCCUCCAGUACCGGGACGCAGAGGGCAACCCCCGGGCGCUGCCUGUGGACGGUGCCCUGCGCUCCCUCCACCUCCAUGACCUGGCCCCCUCCCGCAGAUACAAGUUCAACCUCUACGGCGUCUCCGGCCGCAAGCGCCUCGGCCCCGUCUCCACCGACGCCGUCACAGCCGCGGCACCGACGGAGGCGGUACCCACCGCCCAGCCCAGCCUGGGGGAGCUCUCAGCCUCUGACGUCACCCACGACUCCACCCUGCUCUCCUGGACCGUCCAGGCCGGGAACUUCGACUCCUUCCUCGUCCAGUACAAGGACGCGCAGGGCAAACCCCAGGCGCUGCCCAUGGACGGGGGAUCCCGCACGGUCACCGUCACCAACCUGGCCCCCUCCCGCAGAUACAAGUUCAACCUCUACGGCAUCUCCGGCCGCAAGCGCCUCGGCCCCAUCUCCACCGACACCAUCACAGCCGCGGCACCGACGGAGGAGGUACCCACGGCCCAGCCCAGCCUGGGGGAGCUCUCGGCCUCCGACGUCACCCACGACUCCAUCCUGCUCUCCUGGACCAUCCAGGACGGGGACUUCGACUCCUUCCUCCUGCAGUACAAGGACGCGGAGGGCAAACCCCAGGCGCUGCCCGUGGAUGGGGGAUCCCGCACGGUCACCGUCACCAACCUGGCCCCCUCCCGCAGAUACAAGUUCAACCUCUACGGCAUCUCCGGCCGCAAGCGCCUCGGACCCGUCUCCACUGACACCGUCACAGCCGCGGCACCGACGGAGGCAGUACCCAUGGCCCAGCCCAGCCUGGGGGAGCUCUCGGCCUCCGACGUCACCCACGACUCCACCCUGCUCUCCUGGACCGUCCAGGCCGGGAACUUCGACUCCUUCCUCCUCCAGUACAAGGACGCGCAGGGCAAACCCCAGGCGCUGCCCGUGGACGGGGGAUCCCGCACGGUCACCGUCACCAACCUGGCCCCCUCCCGCAGAUACAAGUUCAACCUCUACGGCAUCUCCGGCCGCAAGCGCCUCGGCCCCGUCUCCACCGACGCCGUCACAGCCGCGGCACCGACGGAGGAGGUACCCAUGGCCCAGCCCAGCCUGGGGGAGCUCUCAGCCUCUGACGUCACCCACGACUCCACCCUGCUCUCCUGGACCGUCCAGGACGGGGACUUCGACUCCUUUCUCGUCCAGUACAAGGACGCGCAGGGCAAACCCCAGGCGCUGCCCGUGGAUGGGGGAUCCCGCACGGUCACCGUCACCAACCUGGCCCCCUCCCGCAGAUACAAGUUCAGCCUCUACGGCAUCUCCGGCCGCAAACGCCUUGGCCCCGUCUCCACCGACACCGUCACAGCCGCGGCACCGACGGAGGAGGUACCCAUGGCCCAGCCCAGCCUGGGGGAGCUCUCAGCCUCUGACGUCACCCACGACUCCACCCUGCUCUCCUGGACCGUCCAGGACGGGGACUUCGACUCCUUCCUCGUCCAGUACAAGGACGCGCAGGGCAAACCCCAGGCGCUGCCCGUGGAUGGGGGAUCCCGCACGGUCACCGUCACCAACCUGGCCCCCUCCCGCAGAUACAAGUUCAGCCUCUACGGCAUCUCCGGCCGCAAACGCCUUGGCCCCGUCUCCACCGACACCGUCACAGCCGCGGCACCGACGGAGGCAGUACCCACGGCCCAGCCCAGCCUGGGGGAGCUCUCGGCCUCCGACGUCACCCAUGACUCCACCCUGCUCUCCUGGACGGUCCAGGCCGGGGACUUCGACUCCUUCCUCGUCCAGUACAAGGACGCACAGGGCAAACCCCAGGCGCUGCCCGUGGAUGGGGGAUCCCGCACGGUCACCGUCACCAACCUGGCCCCGUCCCGCAGAUACAAGUUCAACCUCUACGGCAUCUCCGGCCGCAAGCGCCUCGGCCCCAUCUCCACCGACACCGUCACAGCCGCAGCACCGACGGAGGCAGUACCCACGGCCCAGCCCAGCCUGGGGGAGCUCUCGGCCUCCGAUGUCACCCACGACUCCAUCCUGCUCUCCUGGACCGUCAAGGCCGGGGACUUCGACUCCUUCCUCCUCCAGUACAAGGACGCACAGGGCAAACCCCAGGCGCUGCCUGUGGACGGGGGAUCCCGCACGGUCACCGUAACCAACCUGGCCCCCUCCCGCAGAUACAAGUUCAGCCUCUACGGCAUCUCCGGCCGCAAUCGCCUCGGCCCCGUCUCCACCGACACCGUCACAGCCGCGGCACCGACGGAGGAGGUACCCAUGGCCCAGCCCAGCCUGGGGGAGCUCUCGGCCUCCGACAUCACCCACGACUCCAUCAUUCUCUCCUGGAGCAUCGAGGCUGGGGACUUCGACUCCUUCCUCCUCCAGUACAAGGACGCGCAGGGCAAACCCCAGGCGCUGCCCGUGGAAGGGGGAUCCCGCACGGUCACCGUCACCAACCUGGCCCCCUCCCGCAGAUACAAGUUCAGCCUCUACGGCAUCUCCGGCCGCAAGCGCCUCGGCCCCAUCUCCACCGACGCCAUCACAGCCGCGGCACCGACGGAGGCAGUACCCACGGCCCAGCCCAGCCUGGGGGAGCUCUCGGCCUCCGACGUCACCCACGACUCCAUCCUGCUCUCCUGGACCGUCCAGGACGGGGACUUCGACUCCUUCCUCCUCCAGUACAAGGACGCGCAGGGCAAACCCCAGGCGCUGCCUGUGGACGGGGGAUCCCGCACAGUCACCGUCACCAACCUGGCCCCCUCCCGCAGAUACAAGUUCAACCUCUACGGCAUCUCCGGCCGCAAACGCCUCGGCCCCGUCUCCACCGACACCGUCACAGCCGCGGCACCGACGGAGGCAGUACCCACGGCCCAGCCCAGCCUGGGGGAGCUCUCGGCCUCCGACGUCACCCACGACUCCAUCCUGCUCUCCUGGACCGUCCAGGACGGGGACUUCGACUCCUUCCUCCUCCAGUACAAGGACGCGCAGGGCAAACCCCAGGCGCUGCCCAUGGACGGGGGAUCCCGCACGGUCACCGUCACCAACCUGGCCCCCUCCCGCAGAUACAAGUUCAACCUCUACGGCAUCUCCGGCCGCAAACGCCUCGGCCCCGUCUCCACCGACACCGUCACAGCCGCGGCACCGACGGAGGCAGUACCCACGGCCCAGCCCAGCCUGGGGGAGCUCUCAGCCUCCGACGUCACCCACGACUCCAUCCUGCUCUCCUGGACCGUCCAGGCUGGGGACUUUGACUCCUUCCUCCUCCAGUACAAGGACGCGCAGGGCAAACCCCAGGCCCUGCCUGUGGAUGCGGGAUCCCGCAUGGUCACCGUAACCAACCUGGCCCCCUCCCGCAGAUACAAGUUCAACCUCUACGGCAUCUCCGGCCGCAAGCGCCUCGGCCCCGUCUCCACCGACACCGUCACAGCCGCGGCACCGACGGAGGCAGUACCCACGGCCCAGCCCAGCCUGGGGGAGCUCUCGGCCUCCGACGUCACCCACGACUCCAUCCUGCUCUCCUGGACCGUCCAGGCCGGGAACUUCGACUCCUUCCUCCUCGAGUACAAGGACGCGCAGGGCAAACCCCAGGUGCUGCCUGUGGAUGGCGGAUCCCGCACGGUCACCGUCACCAACCUGGCCCCCUCCCACAGAUACAAGUUCAACCUCUACGGCAUCUCCGGCCGCAAGCGCCUCGGCCCCAUCUCCACCGACAGCGUCACAGCCGCGGCACCGACGGAGGCAGUACCCACAGCCCAGCCCAGCCUGGGGGAGCUCUCGGCCUCCGACGUCACCCACGACUCCAUCCUGCUCUCCUGGACCGUCCAGGCCGGGGACUUCGACUCCUUCCUCCUCCAGUACAAGGACGCGGAGGGCAAACCCCAGGCGCUGCCCGUGGACGGGGGAUCCCGCACGGUCACCGUCACCAACCUGGCCCCCUCCCGCAGAUACAAGUUCAACCUCUACGGCAUCUCCGGCCGCAAGCGCCUCGGCCCCGUCUCCACCGACGCCGUCACAGCCGCGGCGCCGCGGGACAAGGGAGCCGGGACGCAGCUACGCCUGGGGCAGCUCUCAGCCUCCAGUGUCACCCACGACUCCGCCCUGCUCUCCUGGACCGUGGAGGAGGGGACCUUUGACUCCUUCAUCCUCCAGUACAAGGACGCGCAGGGCAAACCCCAGGCGCUGCCCGUGGACGGGGGAUCCCGCACGGUCACCGUAACCAGCCUGGCCCCCUCCCGCAGAUACAAGUUCAACCUCUACGGCAUCUCCGGCCGCAAGCGCCUCGGCCCCGUCUCCACCGACGCCGUCACAGGCCGGCCGGACGAGGACGAGGAGGAGGAGGAAGGGGCCACGCAGCCCAAGCUGGGGGAGCUCUCGACCUCCGAGGUCACCAAAGACUCCGUCCGCCUCUCCUGGAGCGUCCAGGCCGGGGCCUUCGACUCCUUCCUCCUGCAGUACCGGGACGCGGACGGCAAACCCCAGGCGCUGCCCGUGGACGGGGGAUCCCGCACGGUCACCGUCUCCGACCUGCUCCCCUCCCGCAAGUACAAGUUCAGCCUCUACGGCGUCUCCGGCAGCAAGCGCCUCGGCCCCGUCUCCACCGACGCCGUCACAGCCUUCCCGGAAGCCUCCAGCGUGACGCCCGCCCGGCUGGAGCAGCUGCUCGUCUCCGAGGUGACCCCGACCUCCCUGCGGCUGCGCUGGGACGCGCCCGAGGGCGACUUCGACACCUUCCUCGUGCGGUACCGGGCCGAGGGCCGGGGCCCCGCCCAGGAGGUGCCGGUGCCGGGGGCCCAGCGCUCGGCCGUGCUGCGGGGGCUGCGGCCCGGCACCGAAUACGGCCUGGCCGUGUACGGCCUGCGGCAGGGCGAGGAGACGGCCGACGUCCACGGGGCCGCGCGGACCAGCAGCCUCGAGCUGGCGAGGCCCCGGGAGCUGCGCUUCAGCGACGUCCGAGAGACCUCGGUGGGGGUGACCUGGGGGGCCUCGGCCACCCCCGUCGACCGCUACAAGGUGUCCUUCCAGCUGCGCCACGGGGGGGAGCCGCAGAGCGCGCUGGUCGAGGGCACCCGGCUGCAGACGACGCUCGAGGGGCUGAUCCCCGGGGCCAGCUACGAGGUCAGCGUCAUGGCCGUGCGGGGCUUCGAGGAGAGCGAGCCGCUGGUGGGCUACGUGACCACGGUCCCCGACGGCCCCUCGGAUCUACGCGCCGUCAACGUCGCCGACACCGCGGCCCUGCUGCGCUGGCGCCCGCCCCGGGCCCCGGUCCAGAGCUACGAGCUGAGCUACGGGCCCCCCCAGGGCCCCUCGGUGACGCUGCGGCUCCCCGGGGACCGGGCCGAGCACCCCCUGGCCGGGCUGCGGCUGGACACCGAGUAUCUGGUCAGCGUCCACGGGGUGACGGGGGGGAACCGCAGCUCCCCCGCCAGCGCCACCUUCACCACCGGGCUGGACGCCCCCCGGGACCUGCGAGCCACCGAGGUGACCCCCCGCAGCGCCCGGCUCUCCUGGACCCCCCCCCGCGUCCCCCCCGCCGGCUACCUGCUGAGCUACGAGACGCCCUCCGGCCAAACGCAGGAGAUCCCCCUGGGCGCCGACGCCGCCUCCCACCAGCUGAGCAACCUGACCCCGUCCAGCCGCUACCAGGUCCGGGUGCAGGCGAUCCGGGGGGGCCGCCCCAGCACCCCCAUCGCCACCUCCUUCAACACCGUCUGGCUGAGCUACCCCUUCCCCCGGGACUGCGCGGAGGAGCAGCUGAACGGGCCGGGCCCCUCCCGCGAGGUGACCAUCUACCUGGGGGGCGACAGGCAGCGCCCCCUGCUGGUGUUCUGCGACAUGGAGACUGACGGGGGCGGCUGGCUGGUGUUCCAGCGGCGCAUGAACGGCGAGACGGAUUUCUGGCGCGACUGGCAGGACUAUGCCCAGGGCUUCGGGAACCGAUCCCAGGAGUUCUGGCUGGGUAACGACGCCCUGCACGAGCUGACGGCCGCGGGGGAGCAGGAGCUGCGGGUGGAUCUCCGGGCCGGCGCCGAGGCCGCGUUCGCCCAGUACCAGCGGUUCCGGGUGGACCCCCCCAGCGAGCAUUAUCGCCUGCACCUGGGCAGCUACCGCGGCACGGCCGGCGACGCGCUGAGCUACCACUCGGGCAGCGUCUUCUCGACCCGGGACCGGGACCCGAACCGGCUGCUGAUCCCCUGCGCGGUGUCCUACCGCGGGGCCUGGUGGUACCGCAACUGCCACUACGCCAACCUCAACGGGCUCUACGGCAGCCGCCGGGACCACCAGGGCGUGAACUGGUUUAACUGGAAAGGCUUCGAGUUCUCCAUCCCCUUCACCGAGAUGAAGCUGCGGCCGCGGCGGGGCUGAGGCGGCCGGACGGACCGACAGACGGACGCGAGGGAGCGGGAGAGCGCAGCACCACCGGGCGCCACCAGGGGGAGCCGGGGCGUCACGAGGAGACCCCCCCAGGGGGCCCUUCCACCCACCCCUCCCCCCUAGGGACCCCCCUUCCCCACAGAGCCCCCCCAAUGCUUAAUUCCCUCCAUACCCCCCCAGCUCACCUAGCCCCUCCCACACACCCCUGCGGGGUCCCUGCUCCCCACAGUGCAGCAGGCCCAGGCUGGAGGGAGCAGCCCAAUCCAGCCGGGGCGGGGAAGAUGGAACCCAGGAAUCCUGACCCCCAGCUCCUCUGGGGCUCCCCUGUCCCCUCCCCAAGCAGGGGACCCGUGACCCCACCCCUGGUGGAGCGACGGAGACGGAUGCACCCAAAGCACCUUUAUUCUGACUGACACAGCCCGGAUGGGCAAGGACGUUGGGGGGCAGAGUUAAGGGGGUUUGCCGGGAAAUCUGGGGAGGGCAGAGUUAAGGGGGUUUGCAGGGGGCUGUACAGAGUCUAUUGAGCGAUAUAGUUUAUAUAUAAAAAAACAGCUGAAAA